AUGCUUCUUCUAAAAUUCAUUUUCUUGCUUCUUCUGUUUCUUCUACUCUUCAACAUCGGUGCCGCGAGGGAAAAGUGCAAGGGCAACGUUCAGUAUUUCAGCGCUGGUGAUUACUUUGAUGCCGACUGCAUCGACGUCAACCAGGCAAAGGACUACAAAUAUUUUGGCAACAAGAACACUUCUCUCAACGAUGAGCCCUGCGUGCCUUGGAAUCGUCUCUGGCAGCAUUUGGACCUUGCGGGAUUCAUUCAAGGGCCUAAAUUGUUGACGAUCCACGUCCGCCAAACGCACAACUUUUGCCGGAUGUUGCCGAUGGAACUCUGGAAUACGUGGACUGUGUCUGACAUUUUCUCGAUGGGCAAAGAUGCUAUGGGCAGGCUGGCCGGCGAUAAAUUCCCGUUCUGCCUUGUGGCUACGGAGCAGCAUGGGAUCCUGACCGCUAAGCGAUGUUUGGACAAAUGCCAUGCGUGGCAAGAAUGUGUGCCUAGUGAGCCCCCAAAACCCCGAAAGAAGCACACUGCGCCGGUCGAGCCAAAUUUCAACCCCGAGCUGUUCGGGAGUCUGCGAGAAUAUUUUGCUUUCAACUGGGGCACCGACGAGCAGCUCUACUCUUACUACGAUCAGCACCAAUCGGACCGCUACUUUUCCUCCCAGCUCAGCACAAUUCGAAAUUGGAUAGCAGCGGCUGCCUGCGUUGCCCUCGUGCUGAUCAUCCUCUACUUUGUCAUCAACUGGACGCUGCAGAGGCUGGCCAAGGUGGCUAGGGACACGAAGACUAAAACUGACGAUGAGAGCCACGGGUCCUCACAGCCGAAUACGAAAGAUACGAAUACGAAGGAAACGACGACAACCGAUGGGAACAAUAACACAACGCCUUCACCAACUCCCACCCCGACACCCACCUCGCCUACCCCA